AUGGAUGAAAGGGAUACGGAAGUAACACACAGACGAGCUUCGGUUCGUGGUGAUGAAGGAGAAGAAAGUUCCAAGUCAACUAAAACAGCCUCUUUGGCUUCUAAAUCAGCCCUAACUGAUCAGUCUUCUGCCGAUGAGGCCCCACUCUCCUCUGACCUUGAACUCGAUCCAAAAGCGGCUGUGACAUUGCUCGAGGGUUCCUCCCACGUGCCGACCUGUCUUGAGAGCUGUGUUUCUGGACUCUCACCGCGCCUCACAAACUGUGUGGUUCGUCUCUUUGCUUCCAUAAUCAUGAUUGGUGGAUUUCUCUUUCUCAUCUAUCUCGGGCCCCUUGCACUCGUGCUUCUGGACUUUUUGGCUCCACUGGUUGUUCCCCAUCGAUUCAUCUCCUUCACCCUCUACUGUGCUUGUAUUGUCGCCUUCGUGCUGAAUCUCAAACGCAAGCAUUACCUUAAACAGUUCACUCUCGUAAGUUGUCAUUUUGUUAUACAAAUUUCGUUGUCUUCUUACUCUAUAAUGAUCGGCGCAGUUUGGAGUAGUCUUUGCCAAGACCAAAAGGAGUGGAGUCAGUGA